AUGGCGUCACUUACUACGGCAGCCCCCGAUGCCUGCGAUGCCUCUGAUGCCUCCGAUGCCUAUCAUGCCUACCAUGUCUACGAUGCCUCCGAUGCCUAUCAUGCCUACCAUGUCUACAAUGCCUACGAUGCCUGCGAUGCCUGUGAUGCCUGCGAUGCCCCCGAUGCCGACAGCCACUUUAAGGCCCCUUCACCUGUGGUGGCCAAAUGA